UUCGAAACGAAGAUUUGGUGACGACAUGCGCGGCCUUGGGCACCUCGUCGCGACACUCAUCUCAUCUAGUGUGGCGCUAGCAGCAAGCGUCCAGUGGAGGCCAAUAGGUCCUGCAGACAAGGACUCAACGGUGACGCUCGGAUUCGCGCUUCGGGCAGCGUCUCCUGGUGCGCUGGACGACGCGCUUGCAGCGAUUGCCGACAUCCAUACGCCGAUGUAUGGCCGCUAUAUCGCCGACGUGAGUGCACUCGUGCGUCCCAGCGAUGUAGCAGUCGCUUUCAUCGAGUCGUUUCUGCAUGCGCACAACAUUUCCCGGAGUAAGCAUGGCGACUACAUCCGCGUGGCCAUGCCUGUGGCCGCGGCCGAGGCCUUGUUCCACACAGAAUUGUUCGAAUAUGCGCAUGAGGGUCAUCCAGAUCGCCGCAUCGUCCGCCCUAGUGGGUCGUACCAGCUGCCGUCCAACGUCAAACCCCACGUGCUUCUCGUGGACGGCCUGGACGCGUUCCCAACUCUGUUCCAAGCCCAGGCGCAUGCCAAGGCGACCGCGGCGGGCGAAGCGUCCUCGACGUCCGUGGAGGCUAUUCAGCGCGCGUACGACUUGCCGUCAGGGCUGGACGCUUCGGACCCGCGCAAUGCCAUCGUCAUUGGCGCCUUCCUCAAGGAAACAUUCAACCAGCGUGACAUCGAGUCGUUCGAGGCCAGAAACAAACAAGCACCUUCCUCGGCCUUUCACGGCCCGCAGCCAGUGCACUGCAUCGGAGACGGACUCGGCGUCGGCACCGGCGAAGCGUCGCUGGACACGCAGCUCGUGACCGCGCUCACGCAGAGCCAGCACGCGACUGUCCUGUGCUACAACGCCAAUCGUGUUCCCAGUCAAGCCUUUGACGACAGCAACCAAGAGCCAUUCCUGGCCUUCAUGCAAGAGGUGAACGCUAUGGACCCUCCGCCCGCCGUCGUGUCGAUCAGUUAUGCGGACGACGAGUGUGCCCUUCCGCCAGCGUACGUGGCAGCCGUGGACGCUGAGUUCAAGAAAGCAGGCGUUCGAGGCACGACGGUCGUCGUGUCUAGCGGGGACAACGGCGUCGUGGGUAGUACUUUGCUCGGAUUCUGUGGCACUCCAGCUUGUUCCCGGUACCAGCCGCAAUACCCUGCGUCGUCACCGUACGUGUUGUCUGUGGGGGCGACCAAAUUUGGUGAUGCAUCGACUGGCGAAGUCGGGCUCUCGACCGAAAAUGGCGGCGCGAUCACAACCGGCUCGGGCUUUAGCGGCUAUAUCAAUCGAUCUCAAGUCGCCAUUUCUUUCCAAGAGGCACUAGUGGAGUCGGCGGUGGCGCGUCUGCCACCGGAUGCCAUGGCCAAGUUCAAUUCGUUUGGCCGGGCAUAUCCAGAUGUGGUGGCCGUGGGCCAUAACGUGGGGGUGUUUGUGAACGGCGGGAUCCAACAGACAGAUGGCACAUCCGUGUCGGCGCCCGUGGUGGCGUCAUUGCUCGCGCAUGUCAACAAGUUCCGACUCGAUCACGGCAACCCACCCCUCGGCUACGUCGUGCCGUACUUGUACAAGCUGUUUGCAGUGUGUCCGCAAGUAUUUGGGGACAUUUCGACGGGCUGCAACAAAUGUGGCGGGUACGGCCAAGUGUGUUGUGCCGAUGGCUUCCACGCAGACGUCGGCUACGAUUUGCUCACAGGCUUGGGAACGCUUCAGUAUGGGGCAUGGGUCGCUAAUAUGGAAGCUUGUGAGGCGAAAAUGCACCCAUCUGCGAUGCUGUUCGACACAUCGUUCUCGACGAGAAUCGACGGGGACAAGGGCAAUUGGAUGCUCGUGGCAAGUGUAGGAGGUGUGCUGGUCGUCGUGAUGAUCGGGCUCUUGGCUGUACACCGCCGUCACCGUACAACACAAAACAAUAUCUGCGACACUGCGCAUUAUGUGUUUAUAAAGUGAGCGAGUCCAACCAUUUGCAAACUUGUUUGGCGCAGCGCUCUCCAUCUACGAGAAGUAUUUUGAAAUUAUUGACCAUCACAAUCAAGCAUCCUGGAUGAAGCAAAACUUUGAAACUUAAUAAAAGAUAUAUAUGCGCGCCUUCGCAUAUCAAAAACAGGA